GUUCGAUACGAAAUCAUGUGGUGAUAGGGUGAUAGUCAGCUGAUUGCUGGUGAUUUUUACCGAUUGCUGGUUAAAUUACUGCAUGCUGUCAGAGAGGCACAAACUGACACAGUAUAGUGUUUUCCAAGCAACAAAAUAUGACCAAAAUAUAAUUAAUAUUCCAAAUAAAAAUAUAUAACUCGUGUAAAUAAAUAAUUAUUGUGAUCGUUUCUAUGAGAGUGUAAAAAAUGUAAUGUAUCGGCGACUCCAGUUUUCGCAGCUGUUGUUUUUAUUUUUCCUAACCUAUCUAUUAUACUGCAAAUUUACCUCGUGUAACAAAGAUUUAUAUACUUUUGUAAUAUCCGAUCGUACACAAAAUUUAUAUACCUAAAACGAGAGAGAAACGAGUAGUGUACGUGUAUACUGGUAAUAUAAUAGAAAUUAAUCGGAUAUAAUUUAAUAAUACAGUAUACAAUUUACGAACAAAGUAUUUUUGACAGAAAUUGGAUAUGUUGUGGAAAUGUAAAAAUGCCCUAAUUUCUCCUAGUACAAUUUUUUAAUAUUUACUAGACAAGAUUUCUAAUUGUAUUAAAAUGUCAGAGUACGUUAAUGAAUUGGUGUGAAAAUUGCGUUAUAAAUAUUACUAUCGCAAAAUGUCUGAAAAAAAUGCGGUUGGUGGUAUUCCUGUGGAGUGUCUAACUGGAGAAUCAGCUGCAAUUUGGUCUGGCUGGCGUACACUGAGAGACAGAGAACUUGUGAGAGAAGCCUCUGCCAAGGGAACUCAUAUAAAACUAGCUCAUAAAUGCCUUGCGUACAGAAGAAAUUGUACUGUAGAGCAGGCAUGUAUAUAUUUCAACAAAGAAGUAGAAAAUUGGGUCAAUGAAUUAUUAAGCAAGAAGCAGGUUUAUAGAGCUUCACAUAUUUUAAAAAAUAUGGGAAAGGAUCCUGUGGAACAUAUUUUUGCUGUUUCUAUAAAAAGCAAGGAUCCAGUCUUAAGAGACUAUUUGUGUGAAUAUAUGAUAAAUGUCGAUGGAUUUAAGACUGAACAUGUCACGGCAUGGAACAUUACCAAAUCUAUUAAGCAACAUGAGGAAAAGUGCAAAAUCCAAAGUGGAUUAAGUUCUUGUAUAUGUAUAGAUGAUAUAAUGAAACUACCACAGAAUAUUGAACAAGCCUUACGCACCGAAUUAUAUUUUUCUUUGAAUAACCCAGAGAUUUUGGGAAACGUGUCAAAUAAUAUUUUGUGGGAUUACUUAUUAUCUAAUAAUAAAAUUAAUGCUCUAAGAAUAUGGAUUGAUACAAAAUAUAAUCCAGACGUUCUCGAGAUCUCAGAUAAAAUUGAUCAACAUUUGAAAUCGUUAUUUGCGAAUUUAGAUAUUACACCUGAUAUGGUCGAUUAUAUAGAUUCUUCAAAUGCUAGUGACCUCGUAAAACAUCUAACCAAAAAUUAUUUAUGUAGAUAUGGCAUUUAUACAAAAGAAGAAAAGGACGACUUGAAAUUAAUAUUAAAUCGUUCUUUCGGCUGUGGUAUUACGCUGGAAGAACUUAGUACAAUAUUAUCUUUAGCUUCCUGCAAUAUCGAUAAAUCAGAAUUUUUGCAAAGCAUCGAUCAACAACUGUGCCUUGCACACUGCUCGCAAAACUGUCAUACUGAGGAAGACAAUUUAAAAGUUAAAAAAUUAUUUAAUGCUUUAACCGAUAUGUGUAACGCUCGAGAUAACUACGAAGAUGCGUUACUACAUGGAAUCGUAGAAUCGAUUGAUUAUAUUUCCGAUGAUUUUAAUGCUUAUCUGAAAGCGAAUUAUUUAGUAAACUUGACAUUAAUAUUUUUACGAUUAUGGCAGACGCGGAGCGCGUUGUGUAAUGAAGCAAACCCUUCAGGGAGAAAUACACUAAUAAGAGAUAUAUUUACGAACAAGACUGUUUUAAAAAUUGACACGCGUGUUAUUUCCCAAGAAGUUCUUCAGUCCACGCUUGCACAUAUGCCGAGGCUGCAAUGUAUCAUCGAGGAUCAAAGUGAAAAAGAUGAUAUUACAGUAUACGACUUAUUGGACGGCUAUAGAAAUUUGAAUUCGAAAUUCUUAUUCAAGUGGCGCUUCAAAAAUGAACCCUUGCCUACUUUCACGAACGAAAGUCUGAUCAGAAAAUACGGGUAUCAGGAAACGCUAACGUACGGUUAUUAUCUGAAAGAAGGCAGACCGAAUAUGGCUGUGCACAGUUUAACACACGCUCAAGCGAAAUUACUUGGAAAUGUAUCCUCCCAUAGGAAAUUCAAAGCGGCCUUAUAUGCGCACGUUCUCGCUUUGAGAAACUUAGAUAAGUCUGAUAUCGUGUGUAGCUGCAUUGCGUUCAUCGAGUUGCUGAGAAUCGACUCGAGCAAUUUACGAUUACACGUUACUGUGGCAAAAUACGUACAAGAGCAACUAAACAUCUCCAUAGGGAGCUUAUUAGAAAAUGUAGUGUAUAAGAAUCAAACUGAUUUAAAGUCUGUGAUAUCGUAUCUUGAACAAAGCUUUCAAAAACAUUUAUUGGAUAAACCUUUCAUGUGCGAUAACACGCAAUUUGUCGAAGCAUUGAAAUUAUGGGACAUCAUCGUACGCUUUGCACGUGUUCACAACUAUGCGCUACCCGAUACGUUGCCGAAAUAUUUAGCAGAUCAUGACCUGUGGUUCGAAUUCAUUGCAGUCUGUCAUAUAUUCGCUUAUCCUAAAACCCAGAUGCUGGAAAACACCAGAUUGUUUAAUAACGCAAACAUACGGGAACACCUGCUAACGUGUUUAAACAAUGAUAAACUUAGCAAAUCCCAACCAUAUAACAAACAGAAGAUGAAAUUUCACGACAGACAAUCAUCAUCAAGGCAGCAUAAAGUUGGAGUGAAAGAAAAUGAAUCACCAGUGUCCACCUCAGCCAUAUCAGAAACUGAGAUAGAUGCAACUGAUACAACUAGUGCCAAAGAUAUUUCCAACAGUUACACCUCGACUUCUUCAGAUAAUAACUUAUGGUUGACUAUAUUAAACUGUCAUCAAAGUCAAGACCCACCCGGAGCAUUAAUUAAUGCGUCUCGCUCAAAUCUGAGGCCUAUAUUGACUGUCUUAGCUACGUGUUACGAGCCGUCGUCUGUAGCAGCAUAUUGCUAUUGUUGGAUGGUAAUAUCGACAGGAAGAGAGGACAUACUUCUUGAUUACACGGAAUGUCUUGAGCAACAAAUAUGGCCUUCCGAUAAAGUAUCGGAAUUACUAAAUAAAAUGGUUCGAUACGGUUAUAUUAACACAGUCAAUCGGGCUUACAAAAUUUUCAUGCCUGAUAGUAUUUUGAAUUCAUUCUUCGAGUUUUUGAUGCAAGCAAUCAGUUAUGGCGAAUUCAAGGAAAAUCAACGGCAUUUAAUAGAGUUUAAGUCGCAAUGUUCCUCACUUAAAAGCAAUAAAAUUAUGGAUUGGGAUAGUGUCCAUUUUACGUAUUUAAAAAACUUGUAUUGGGUCGCAGUUGUUGCAAUCCAAUGCAUUGUUACGGCACUCGGCUACGGCUUUCGAAGUACGCCAUUACGAGUAAAGUUUCUUGAAGCGUUAAUAAAGUGUAAUUUUUCAGCAGAUUUACCAGGUGCUGUACCGGAUUUUCAACGUUUGUUGGAUAUAACGAAAAUUCUGCAGAAAACUAGCGUGACAUUAAAUUUCAGAGCAAUUACUCUAAUCGAUAACGCAUAUAAUUUUGACACGGAAAUUCAAAGAUGCAUCGACGAUUUAACAGCAGUCGAAAAUUACAGCACUGCCUUGGAAUUAGCAUGCUGCGCCGGGUUAAAUGCAUCUGAGAUCAUAUUAGCACAAGCUCGAAAUACUUUCAAACAAUCAAUAAAUGGAGAUGGUCAAGUAAAUUCUACCUUCUGGACGCAAUGUGCUCAGGAUUUUAAUAAAUAUAACGUUCCGCUUCAAGUAGCGGUUGAAUUCUUUGUCGAACAUGCCGAGAAAGUUGUAUCGCACAAAGAAAGAUAUGAAGUUUUGAAAUUGGCUUAUGAGACUUUGAAAAAUACCGAAAUCGAGCAAAAAAUUAUCGAUACUUUAGAGAUGGCAAUGUGGAAAUCAUGUAUUUUAGCUGGACCUGAAAAUAUAGAGUUCGACUACAAUAAUUAUACUUUUAAUAAAUUAAAAACGGAGUUAUUAUCUGGUUUGGAUAAGUUACAAGUGACUUGCUCCUUGAUAGACGAAAAUGAAAAAAAUGCUGUAGAAAAUCUAAUAAAUAAAUUACUUGAUCUGCGCAAGUUGGAUAUUGCCUUACGAAUAAGCGUAAUUUUUAAUUAUAAUCAUAAGGAUCUGCAAAUAUUGAUGUUGUGUUUAAGCUUAGCAGAGGGUGAAAUUUCACCAGCGAACUUAACUUCGCAGCAAAAGAGUCUUUUGGAAGAAAGGAAUCAGAAGCAACAAAAAUAUGGCACUUUGCGUAAACGCGGUCUGCAGAGAUUUUCUUCAUCGUCAUCCUUAAACACCAUUUCGUCGAUCGAAGCUAACAAAACAAACGAUACAACAAUCAGCCAUCUCCAGAUGGAGUGUAUUUCAACUUUAGAAAGAUUAUCGGAAAUUCUUACACAUGGAAAUGAGAUAUGCUUUAGAAUUGUUUCAUAUUAUAAACUUGCUACGCGUUUAGGGAAGACAUAUCAAUCACUGUUGAUGCUAAAAGAUCCGAUAAAGUUCUUACAAGAGAUUAUAGAAAGUAACAUUGAAAAUAAAUUGGAGACUGCUAACGACAUAAUAAUAUCUUACAAAAUUAAGACGGAAGACGUGGCAAUAUUCCUGGCCGAUAAUAUUACAAUGCACAUAAAUUGUGCCAUAGAAGAUGGUCAGGAAGAUUUGAUUUUUAUGUGGAGCUAUUCCUUGAAUUCGCACUUUCAUUUAAUAAUGGAACUGUGCAGCGAUAUCUCGUUAUUAGGCUUAAAAUUGUUGAAGACAGCACAAUCAUUGCUGGGAAGAUACAUUAGUACUCACGAUGAAAAAAAAAAUGUUUCAGGAUUGAAAACAAUAGUGGAAUUAUUGAUAAGAUCCCACGAUUGUUUCACGGCUUCCUGUAACAUGGAAGGAAUAGCAUCAGUAUUACGAAAGUGUCAGAGUCUCGCAAAUAUGUUACAAAUCUUAAAAUACUGGGCACUACUGGUACGUCUUGUAACUGGUGUUGGGCGAUUUACCGAGAUGAAUUACGUAUUCCAAAUCUUGAAAGAAAACGAUCAAUUCGAGUCUUUGUUGGGACAAGGCUUGGAUAAGGUUCCGGGCCUAAAAAUGGCAUUGCUAGAAUUCUUGAAGCGUCAAUGUCCAGAAGAUAAGGAGCUUUUUACUCUAGUGGCGCUUCAUUUCCGCCUAUAUUACGAAAUCGCACUCAUGUGGGAAAAUGAAGCGAAGGAAGUAAUUGCAAAAUUAAUAUCUGACAUAUUAAAAGAAUGCGGAAGAGGCAUAACUGGUAUUCCGGUAGAAAUAAAAUUGACUCGAAAUGAUAACGUCCACAAACAAUUGCAAUUAGCUGUAACUAACUUUACUCAUGCUACUCAAUAUUAUUUACAGGAUAAGAAACUGAAUCUUGCUAGCCGGUGCUCGCAUCAAGCCCAACUUGUCGCGCUUCAAAUUUCACUGCUGAACGCAAUACCACAAAAUCAACAAGCAGAGUGUCUGCUGAAUUUGAAAAGCGACGAGUUAGACAGAAUAUUAUCUCACAUUUUAAACUUUCCUCAAGCUCUUAUUGUUAUCCGCGCUUAUAAUUAUCAUGCGGAUUGGGUUAAUCUUAUUUAUCAUCACUGCAUUCUCAAAGGAGAGACGAAGUAUCUCAAAGAAUUCAUGACAGUUAACAAUCUUACGCCUACGAUUGUACAAGAUUGUGCACGUAGGUACAGACUGGAAAAGAGUAUCAAUCAUUCCAUGACAGAUAACAUGAGAACGCUAAUAUCUGAAUUAUCAGAUGUCGAAUGUAAAUACAUGCUAGCUAGUCAGCUUGGCUUUAAGGAUAUUGUGGAGGAAAUACUCAACGAUCCCAUAGUGGGCUCCUAUUUAAAAGACACAAUUUGGAAAAAAGGAUAUACCGCUUCAUGAUGUAACUCGUCAUUCGAUGGAAUUCGAUGUUAUCAUCUGAGAAAGAACGCCACAAAUGUGACGACAAACUGUCACAAACUAUUCAUUUAUUAUUAUAAUAAACAAUAUAAAUUUAUACCUUUGUCAACGUUUUAUUAUUGAUAUCGCAAUA